GGUUCUGGGCGGCUGCUGCCGGGGGCGCCCGAGUUGCCGGCGCCGCCCGCCCUCCGCCGCCUGCCGGCCGACCUGCCCACCCACCGUCUCUCCCCGCCCUGCCGCCUUGGGAACUCCCAGACCGUCUUCGCAGCCCCGGGACUCGCUCUCUCCUCCCUCCUUCCCACUCGGGGUAGGGCGGCGACGGCGGCGGCAGCGGGGGCGGCAGAGACCAUCACGGGAGGAGGCAGCUGCGGCGGAGCCGGCCCAAACACGCAGCUGACUGCCAUCCAUUCCUUUUAGUGCCAUGGUCUUGAUUCAUCCUUUUAAAGGGGUUUAGAGUGGCAGUGUGACACACAAACCGUUCUUCAGUAUGAAACGUUAGAAGUUAUCCCUAAGAGACACGGUGUCCCCUUGUCCUGCAGUUUUCAGUUCAAGAAUCCUAAUGCACCUGGCUGACUGGUGGUGAGCAGGGGCUUUGGGGCCAACGUGGUGGGCUCCCCAAGGAAACCCCUUUGAAACCAAUGGAUGCGUUCGCGGGCUCGGGUCUCAAGAGGAAGUUUGAUGAUGUGGACGUGGGUUCAUCAGUUUCCACCUCCGACGAUGAGGUCUCCAGCAGUGACAGCGCUGACAGCUGCGACAGCCUCAACCCUCCCACAGCUGCCGGCUUCACGCCCACAUCCAUCCUGAAGCGGCAGAAGCAGCUGCGGAGGAAGAAUGUGCGCUUUGACCAGGUGACUGUGUACUACUUUGCCCGGCGCCAGGGUUUCACCAGCGUGCCCAGCCAGGGCGGCAGCUCUCUGGGCAUGGCCCAGCGCCAUAACUCUGUACGCAGCUACACGCUCUGUGAGUUUGCUCAGGAGCAGGAGGUGAACCAUCGGGAGAUUCUCCGUGAACACCUGAAGGAGGAGAAGCUCCACGCCAAGAAGAUGAAGCUGACCAAGAACGGGACAGUGGAGUCGGUGGAGGCCGACUGCCUGACAUUGGAUGAUGUUUCAGAUGAAGAUAUUGAUGUGGAAAACGUGGAGGUGGAUGAUUACUUCUUCCUGCAGCCUCUGCCCACCAAACGGCGACGGGCCCUGCUGAGGGCUUCUGGGGUCCACCGCAUUGAUGCUGAAGAGAAGCAAGAACUUCGAGCCAUCCGACUGUCACGGGAAGAGUGUGGUUGUGACUGUCGACUGUAUUGUGACCCGGAAGCGUGUGCCUGUAGCCAGGCUGGGAUUAAAUGCCAGGUGGAUCGCAUGUCCUUUCCAUGUGGCUGCUCCCGGGACGGCUGUGGGAACAUGGCUGGGCGCAUUGAAUUCAACCCAAUCCGGGUCCGGACUCAUUACCUCCACACCAUCAUGAAGCUGGAGCUGGAGAGCAAGCGGCAGGUGAGUCGCCCGCCAGCCCCCGACGAGGAGCCCUCCCCCGCUGCCAGCUGCAGCCUGGCGGCAGCACAGGGCUCAGAGACACAGGACUUCCAGGAGUUCAUCGCCGAGAAUGAGACGGCGGUGCUGCACCUGCAGAGUGCGGAGGAGCUGGAGCGGCUCCAGGCGGAGGAGGACUCGAGUGGCUCCAGUGCCAGCCUGGACUCCAGCAUAGAGAGCCUGGGCGUGUGCAUCCUGGAGGAGCCCCUGGCUGUCCCCGAAGAGCUGUGCCCAGGCCUGACAGCCCCCAUCCUUAUCCAGGCUCAGCUGCCCCCAGGUUCCUCCGUGCUGUGUUUUGCCGAGAACUCGGACCAGCCAACUGCCUCAGCCGUGAACAACCCAUCCUACUUGAACGGUGGGCCCCUGGUCUACUACCAGGUGGAGCAGAGGCCAGUCCUGGGGGUGAAAGGAGAGCCUGGUACAGAAGAAGUCCCGCCCUCGUUCCCCAAGGAGAAGGAUCUGAGUGUCUUCUCUCUCCCGGUUACCUCACUGGUGGCUUGUGGCCCCACAGACCCGGCUGCCCUCUGUAAGUCAGAGGUGGGGAAAACAUCCACUCUAGAAGCGCUAGUGCCCGAAGAUCGUAACCCCGAGGAGCCUGAGGAUGAAGACUUCCGCCCCUCUUGGUCCCCCUCAAACCUCCCCUCGCGCACGGACAAUGAAGAGGGCUGUGUGGUGGAGACCGCACAGCAGAGUGAGGACCGGCCCCCUGAAGAGCCUUCCCUGGAGCUCCCUCUGGCAGUGUGACACGGGGAUGGAGAUUAUGCCUCUUGCCCAUUCUCUAUUUAUUCCCUUAUUUUAUCUAACACCAUUUCAAAAACAAAACUGUAGAAGCAGCUGCUGCUCCCAUGUUAUUUUAUUGGGAUCUUUGGGGGAACGGAUGGGAAAGGAUUGUCUGUACAAGUAUUUUUUAAAGGGCCAACAGAACCAAGGAGACCAGCCUCAGCUCCAUCUGGGGAUAGAAUCUUGGGGCAGAGGAGGCUGCAUACUGAGCUUUCUGGGCCGUUGGAACCACACUACGAUCUCACAGGAGAAGCUGGGUAAUUCAAACAGCUGUUCACGUAGGGACCAGAACACAACAAUUGGAACAGCAUGAAAGAGCCCCUUCCCUCUCCUGAGCUCCAGGCGGGGAACAAGCUCAUUUUCCUCAGUGGUUACUCUGAUAUCCCAAUUUGGUGUAUCAUAAUAAUACAGUUGCAAUCAGCAGCUGGUUGAGUCUAGAGAGGAGGGGGUGAAAGGGUCUCUGCUUCUGUACAAAACAUCCAGGAUCUAUAAAAAUUUAACCUGCGUUCCCUGGGCCCCUAUUUGGUAAAUAAGUUAAUAUUUGACAUGUUUGGUGUUCUCUGACCUGUUCCCCACACUGGGGAUUCCUGGUCUUAACUUGAAUUGUUUCUUUCACAUGUUCUUAGGUACUAGAGUUAAACUGGUCUUGUGUUUUUUUUUAACCCCUCUGUCCUUUUUCCUUUGAAGGGAAAGAGCUAGGUUGGCUGGGGAUGUGGCAUCAAGAGCCUGAGUCUUCUGUAUGUGUCUAACCCCAGGUCCAUCAGGCAGCUUUAGUCUGGGGCUCACACAUCCCAUGGGAGGCCUGUGUAGAGCAUUAACCUGUGUCCAGAGGCGGCAGCAGGAACAGGCUGCUGUCUGGGAAGAUGACUUUGUGCCACGCUUGCUUUUUCACCCAGGUUGUCCCCCACCCCCACCCCAGGUUGAGAAAUUUGAGCUUUAAAGGAAUGUAGGAUGUGGCAAGUUCACCGACUAGUUUUUGUUUCCUUUUUGUAUCUGCCUUCAUGGUCCCUCUUGGAUAUACAGGGUUAGAGUUCUUAUACUAUGUUCUUAUACUGUUCACCCCCAAUAACUGCAAAUGCUUAUUGGAUCCCUCCCAUCUCGAUAUAUAAAGAUUGGAAGCCAAACCGGUUCUUAAAUGCUACAUACAACCUCCAGGUUCUGAAGAAGUCAAGUUCUGACUGUAACCUUUGAGGUCUAUAGAGUGGGACUCAGAUUCAGUGUGUACCUGAAUUAGGGGGGAUACGGUUCCUGUUCUCUCAUGUCCUGCUUACGUUCCAGGAUGUCCUCCAUUGAACGCCACUGAAUUCUUUUUACUAGCAAAGGUAUCUUUGCCUUUUUUAUUUCAUUCUUUUUUUGUGGCCUCUGUUUGAAGAGGGGGGCAGUAGGGAGCAAACCACUCUUCUUUAGCUUCCUUUACACCAUGCUUCAUUACUGCUAUCGGGUUAUUAACCAGGAAAACAAAAAGUAAAAAACUUUUUUUUUUGGUGGAGGAGGUAACUGUUCCUACUUAUCUUGCUCAUAAAUCAUAAAGCCUUUUCUUGUGGGAUCUUAAGGCCCUGGUGUCUGAAAGCAACCUUCACGUACAUCGCAGCAGCAUUUCACCUAUCAAACCUAAACUGAGCCUGAAAGACCUCAUACUUAACACAGAUACAUCUUUUAACGCAUUCUGCCUCUCCCGUUCAUUCCUGUUUUUGCUGGGUUUUACAUUUGCAGGGGAGUUAAUAAGUCAUAGGCCUUUAUCUCUCCCCAUCCUCUAGUCUCGAAAUAGAGUCGAGAGUCUGAAGUACCUGAGAUCUAGGUGCUAUCCUGAACUGAGCUAUACUCUGCCACCUUAGACUGGUCCCCUCAGAUAUAAGACUGAAGUUUAAUUGGGAAUUUGGAGAAAAAUGUUUCUAGAAGUUUGCGUUGGAAGGUGAAGGUGAGCGUCAUACAUUCCCUCCUUAGGAAGGCUCCAGCCUAAGCUAGGGAGUGGAUUUCACCUGUUCAGUGAGACACACAUUUGGGAUCAAACCAAGAAUUUGCAUCUAACUAGACUCAUUGCCAACCUCCCAAGAUAAUUUGAUUUUUCUGAAAAAACUAGUUUCUUAAUAUAAGUCCAUCCCUUCAUUAACUCUGCAAUUCUGACUCACUUAUCCAAAGCUUUUAAAUGCUAAAUAUUAACGUUUAGCAUUAACUGUCUUGUCAAGCAAAGGGCCUCUUCUACAAACCUGAUCCAUCUCGUUUCUGGUGCUACCUGAGUUGGACAGAAUUAUAGUUCAUGGUUGCUAGAAAGGCUAGGCCUCUGAUCACAGAGGCAGAGAGCUUCAGUCCCACUUAGUCUAGGCCUAGAUCAAAAAUGAUUAUUACAACGCUUAAUUAUUUUCCAAUUUCCUUUCUCACAUACUGUACACAGGUAGUAUUUUCAAUGUGAAUCCAAAGCUUGUCUGGUUCUCUGAAAAAAAAAAUUUUUUUUUUGCCUUUUAGGUCCUUUACAUUGUGAUAAUGCUGUAUUUAAAGAGAAUAUUUAAAUGUAAUAUUAAAGAAAUAUUCAAAAGAA